AUGCCUUGGAAAUUUUUUAUCGCAUUUUGUUUAUUGUUAGUGUCAGGCUGUUUUCAGACCCAUUCAAGCGUAUUGAAUAAAGCUCAUGAAGUUAAAAGUAGAAGCAGUACUAUCAAAACCAGUGGUAGUAGUAAACAUAACGGAAAAACUGUUAUACAUUCAAAAUGUGGUAGCAAAUCGCAACAAAUCGGACAUUCAAAAUUGAGAUACGAAUAUGAACCAGGUCCAGUAACUGAGACUACAACAUCAACACAUCGAUCGCUUCGACAAAAGAGAGAUGUAAGUGCUUCUCAACAUAACUCGGAUCCAAAUAAUCCAUACACAAUUGAGGUUUUGGUAGUUGUGGAUGAAUCGAUGCGAAGAUUUCAUAAGAGCAUAGACAGUGAUAUGACGGAAUAUAUCUUAUCACUGAUGUCAACUACUGAAAAUGUAUUUGCAGACGCAAGCAUAGGCAAUGUGAUGAAUAUAGCCGUUGUUGGUAUUAUGAAUCUCGAGAUAGAUCUCGGGGCUAUACCUUACGGUGAAGGAAAAGACGCUGACAGCAUGCUACAGAAUUUCGGAAAUUAUAUGAACAAUAAUUCAAAAACUCGGCAAUAUGAUGUUGGAUUACUUCUAACAAGAGAAAAACUUUGUUCGCAUGGGGAGUGUGAAACAUCUGGAAUAGCUACAGUUGGUGGAAUGUGUUCAUCACAGUCGUACGUCGUUGUUGAAGAUUCAGGCAUAUCGAAAGGGCAUACCAUAGCCCACGAAUUUGGUCAUCUCUUAAACGCAUACCACGAUGACGAUGAUGAAUGUUCGAAGUCGUUGCACAGUAAGCAAAUGUAUACGAUGUCUUCAGUUUCUCGUUCUGGGAAUAAAAUGUGGUCGUGGUCACCUUGUUCGCGUCAAUACAUAACAGAAUUUCUAGAGAACGAAAAAGGAUCCUGUUUGUUAAAUAAACCAUCGAAUAAUAUACUGAAAUCACACCGAGUUUCUAUACCAACCUUGAACAGACAGUGUCAAUUGGCAUAUGGAAGAUUUUCCAAAGCAAGAGCAGGAUCUGGCAGUGGAGUGAGAUCUAGAAUUUCAUGCAUGGAAAUGGAUUGCAUAACGGACCAAAGUUUUUAUAUGCCAUGGGCUGAUGGAACUAAAUGUGAUGUUGGAAAAUGGUGUUACCGAGGAGAAUGUGUUGAACUGGGAAAGCUCGAUCAAAUCAAUGGCGGAUGGAGUGUUUGGAAAACAAUUGGCCAAUGUUCACGGUCUUGUGGUGGAGGCAUACAAUGGUAUGCCCGCGAGUGCGAUAAUCCAAUUGCAAAAAAUGGUGGCAGAUUUUGUGUGGGAAUGCGUAAAACAUACAAGUCAUGUAAUACUCAGGAUUGUCCCGUCGGAACAAUGGAUUUCCGCGAGAAGCAGUGCAUUGCUAUGAAUAACCGCACUCAUAAGUGGGCUGCGGCAUAUAAUUUACAUCCAGAAGAUCAAUGCGAAUUGGCUUGUAAAAUUGUCAACACGAACACCGUUCAAUGGUUCGACCGACAUGUGAUCGAUGGCACAUCUUGCAGCCAAAAUACUUUUGACAAAUGUGUCAAUGGUAUUUGUCGACCGGCUGGAUGUGAUAAUAAAUUGAAUUCCAAAUUAAAAUUGAACAGUUGUGGAGUUUGCUACCCAAAUGAUGCGAUGUGUAAUCAUUAUUCCCAAACAUAUUCAGCUGAACAAAUUGUCAUAUUGAAUCAAUUCAAGAGAUAUUCCAAAUAUUUCGACGUCACAACAAUACCAAAAGGAGCUGUAAACGUGGAAAUUGUUCAAUUUGGACAGCUUGGAGACGGAAACUAUGUUGUUUUCGAGAAUGAAAAAGGGGAACUAAACCACUUUGGCAAACCAUUUACUGAUCCUGCGAAAGCAAUUUAUAUUCACGAUGAAGUUGAUUUUCAAUAUACGUCUGAUAAAAAUACGGUAAAAUUGACCACCUCUGAACAUUUGCAACGCGAAUUGCAAAUAAAAAUUUUCUUAGUUGGAAAACAAAAACAAGAUUUGAUUCGCUAUUCUUAUUGGAUCAAAAAUGAGGAUAUCUUGAUUUUUACAUGAAUGGUCCAUGACUUAUGGAAUGACUAAAGGCCCAAAAAAUCUCACUUUUAGUCAUUCCACACUAUCUUGAACGCCAAAGAGUGAUAAACAACAUCGGGGCAAACUUCAUAUUUUUGGGAGCCCAUAACCAUAAGUUUUUUGAAUGAUAC